CAGCUUAGAUAGAGAGAGAGAUGGGCUCGUCGAGCGACACGGCCUGCACCGUCGCCACGGCGCCUCCCUCGCCGGCGUCGCCGCCGGCGACGGCGACGACGACGACGGUGGUGCUCAGCCCGUGCGCGGCGUGCAAGAUCCUCCGGCGCCGCUGCGUCGACCGCUGCGUGCUGGCGCCCUAUUUCCCGCCCACCGAGCCCCACAAGUUCACCACCGCGCACCGCGUCUUCGGCGCCAGCAACAUCAUCAAGCUCCUGCAGGAGUUGCCGGAGGAGCAGCGGGCGGACGCGGUGAGCAGCAUGGUGUACGAGGCGAACGCGCGGAUCAGGGACCCGGUGUACGGCUGCGCGGGGGCCAUCUGCCAGCUGCAGAAGCAGGUCAACGACCUCAAGGCGCAGCUCGCCCGCGCGCACGCCGAGCUCGCCGGCGCCCGCGCCCAGCACGCGCACCUCGUCGCGCUCCUCUGCAUGGAGAUGGCCGCCGGCGCCGCGCCGCCGCAGCCCACCACCGCCGCCGCCGCCUACCUCGCCGCCGUCGGCUCGCAGCUCGCCGGCGGCGCCCCCGCCGCCCCCGUCGACGCGCUCUACGUCGUCGACGGCGCCGGCGGCAUGCAGGCGAGCCCCAUCGGCUGGGUCGACGAGCCGCUCUGGACAUGAGCUCGCGGCGAGCUGGCGUUAAUUGUUAAUUAAUCCCACGACCAAAUAAUUAGUUAAUUAAUUAAGCUGAUCCAAUUACCCCUAUACUACUCUAGUGCAUGCUACAAGGUGGUUGGGAUUAAUAUAUUUAUAUAUGUGAGAUACAAUAGUAGUAUACUCUAUAUAUCCAUGUAAAGUUUACUUGAUGUAAUGUUACCAAAUAUAAUGCAAAGUUAACCAAAGGGUUAACUAGAAUGCAUGUCACAUGAUUAAUUAAAUUAUAUAGUUUGUUAAGUUGGUGUU